CCACUUUCUUCUUGACAGUGCAAGAGCUCGAAGAGAUCGAUCAACUUCUAUUGAGAUUGAGAGACAAGAGUCAUUGGGCAUUUGGAAGGAAAGCGCCCGUGUCCUUCUCUCUCUCUCUCUCUCUCUCUCUCUCUCUGUGAUGGCGAUACCAUGGCCGCUCACCUUCUUCAGCUCCACUCUCCCUCUCUCCACAGCCCCACCAUCUGUACGAUCGCAUUUCCUUACCCACCAUCACCUUCCAACCAUCUCAGCAACAACCUCCCUUCCCACUUCCCAACCUUCACUCCCCAACAAAUCCCAUCCCUUCAUCACCACUCCCACAAAACCCCACCACCGACGGCUGAAAAUCACAGCCGCCCACUUCAACUUCUCAUUCCUACCGCUCAUCUCUCCUCACGAAUCACGAUCAUUGGGGAAUAUGGACCUCGCUCUUCACAGCUGGUGCAUUCGGCCUCUGGCCGGAGAAGACGAAAGUGCAGAGCGCGCUGAGCGGCGCCCUGGUCAGCACUCUGGUGGCGCUCGCCACAACCAACCUCAGCAUCAUUGCUAGUGAGGUCCCGGUGUAUUAUGUUGUCUUGGAGUAUCUGCUGCCCGUCGCCGUUCAUUUGCUGCUCUUCAGAGCAGAUCUGCGUCACAUCCUCCAGUCCACCGGUGCUGCUUUUGGCUUUCUUGUUUGGAUUAGCUGCUGAGCUGUAUGACUUUGAUGAUGAGAAGAGAGCUUCUGAUUCCCGUCGAUCUCUCUGUCCAAAUAAUUGGAUCAAUGUAAAAUGGAGAAAAUUGAUCUCUCCCGCUUCUUCUAGAUUAUGCAGAUUUGUCGUCCGUUCGCAGAACCGAUCCGAUGAUAGCAACCUCAGAACAGUUGGAUUUAAGAUGGAUGGAUGGGAUGGAAGUUGGAUCAAGUUGGUUGGGAGAAGCAUUUUUGGUUUUGCUGCUGCAGCUACCACUGUGAUUGCCAUCAACUGCAAUUCCUUGGGCCUCGCGGAGUCUCUCAUCAUCACUUUCCUUGCUUCUCGCGGAGAGCUUGAUCGGCCUUGUGAAUAGGAUCGAGAGAGGCUAUAUGGUCCUCGGUGACUACGGUGGUGACGACUCCUUGCCAACUCUUUAGGAAGCCCUUCCGUUCGUCGCUGUCAAUUCUACAAAAUCAU